CCGUGUCACUGACUCGACACUUUUCUUACCAUACGUCUCUUGUAUGCUACUACUAUUUCUUCCAGUGGGUCGGGUCGCGACUUCUCUCGCAUUCAUUUCUUCCUGAUUGAUUGUAUCCUUGUGUGAAAUUGAAGAAAUCAUGACUAGUUUCAAGAAGAAAGAGUACGAGUUCCUCAAUCAGAUCGGAAUUGGUCCUAAAAAUCUCGGUUGUUAUGUUAAUGGCACCUGGAAAGCUUCUGGCCCUGUCAUCUCCACUGUUAAUCCCGCUAACAACCAGAUCAUUGCCGAAGUUGUCGAAGCUUCUGCUCAAGAUUAUGAAGAAGGCAUUCAAGCCUGCUCUGAAGCAGCUAAGAUUUGGGUGCAGGUUCCUGCACCGAAAAGAGGUGAAAUUGUUAGGCAGAUAGGUGAUGCACUCCGAGCGAACCUUCAGGAAUUUGGUCGACUUGUUUCACUGGAAAUGGGAAAGAUACUUCCCGAAGGAAUUGGGGAGGUUCAAGAAGUCAUUGAUAUGUGUGAUUUUGCUGUGGGAUUGAGUCGACAACUGAAUGGAUCCGUUAUUCCUUCUGAACGCCCUAACCAUAUGAUGUUGGAGAUGUGGAAUCCUCUCGGGAUAGUUGGUGUAAUCACGGCUUUCAACUUCCCAUGUGCUGUACUUGGAUGGAAUGCAUGUAUCGCGCUGGUCUGCGGCAAUUGUGUUGUCUGGAAAGGUGCUCCAACAACACCAUUGGUUACCAUAGCGAUGACAAAAAUUGUGGCUAGUGUAUUGGAGAAAAACGAUUUACCUGGUUCAAUAUUUACUGCCUUCUGCGGUGGAGCUGAUAUUGGUCAAGCAAUUGCAAAGGACACACGAAUUCCUCUAGUUUCGUUCACUGGGAGCUCAAAGGUUGGUCUUGCAGUUCAGCAAACAGUAAAUCAGAGAUUUGGAAAAUGUUUAUUAGAACUAAGUGGAAAUAAUGCCAUCAUAAUAAUGGAUGAUGUGGACAUUAAACUUGCUGUUCGUUCUGUUUUAUUUGCUGCUGUUGGUACUGCUGGUCAGCGCUGUACCACAUGCCGGAGACUGCUUGUGCAUGAGACAAUAUAUGAUAAGGUACUUGAACCCCUAGUUGAUGUUUACAAGCAAGUUAAGAUAGGGGAUCCUCUAGAAAAAGGUACCUUACUUGGGCCAUUGCAUACACGUACUUCUAGGGAAAACUUUGAGAAGGGAAUCCAAAAUAUCAAAUCCCAGGGUGGAAAGAUCCUGACAGGUGGUUCAGUCAUAGAAUCUGAGGGUAACUUUGUACAUCCAACAAUUGUUGAAAUUUCUUCAAAAGCUGAAAUUGUGAAGGAAGAAUUGUUUGCUCCAGUUCUGUAUGUGAUGAAGUUUAAGACUUUCGAAGAAGCAGUUGAAAUUAACAACUCUGUCCCUCAAGGUUUAAGUAGUUCCAUCUUCACCCGAAAUCCAGAAAAAAUAUUUAAGUGGAUCGGACCUCAAGGAAGUGAUUGUGGCAUCGUCAAUGUAAACAUACCAACAAAUGGAGCUGAAAUUGGCGGUGCUUUUGGAGGUGAAAAAGGUACUGGUGGUGGCCGUGAGGCAGGAAGUGAUUCUUGGAAACAAUAUAUGAGACGCUCAACUUGUACAAUCAACUACGGGAGUGAACUACCAUUGGCGCAAGGAAUCAAUUUUGGCUAGUAAAAUUGGUGCAGAUCUACCCGUUUUGCUCGUGAAUUCAACCUACAAGGUGCUUAUAAUUGGCCCGAAAUCAUUUAAAUAAUGUACCUUCCUUGCAACUCAAUUAAAAUGAUGUAUUAUAAACCUAGUGUUCUCAGUGAUCGGUUCCAGGCUGCCUAAUCAAUGAGUUUACUUGGCUGUUCUACUUUAUUUGAAGAGUUCUUUAACCUAAUCUCAUAAUUAAAACAGAACAAUUGCAUUAUUGGCGCUA